AUGGAUCCACGAUCCGACUCAAAUGCGCCAUCUGGCAUUGCUCCACCGGCCGACCGCAACGGCUUUCACAUAGCCAUCAUCUGUGCCCUAGCCUUCGAAUCCGACCCCGUCAUUCUCCUCCUCGACAAAGUUCACGAUGUUAAGUACGGACGCGCGACAGGCGACCCCAAUACCUACAAGACAGGCAGCGUCGGUGGCCAUGAUAUCGUUCUCCUCGUGCUCCCCGGCAUGGGAAAGGAGGCUGCGGCCGCAUGCUCGAGGAGCCUGCUAUCGAGCUUUCCCAAUGUCAAGCUCGGCUUGAUAGUCGGCGUCUGCGGCGGCCUCCCGAACAUCGACGGCUCGGACGUCUUCUUGGGUGAUGUCGUCAUCAGCACAAGCAUCAUCAACUACGACCUCGGCAGGCAGUACACAGACCAUUUCGAGGUCAAGUCCGCCGUCGAGGACAGCCUCGGACGGGCCAACUACGACAUCCGCGGCUUGCUUGCCCUGUUCAAGACGGAGCACGACCUCGAGCUUCUGCAGGAGAGAGCGUCGACGAACUUGGCGGGACUGCAAGAGGCCGCCCGCAAGAAGAAACGGCGAACCCGACAACAGUGCGACGUCUGCAGCCAGGGGCAUUUCUGCGAGCCGGCGUCCACACUACCAUGCGACGAGGUCGGAUGUGACGCCUCUCUCUGCGAACCAAGGCUGAACCGUGAAGAGGAGCGGCCCGUCGAGCAUGUGCCCCAAAUCCUCAUGGGUAAAGUGGCCUCUAGUGAUGCUGUGAUGAAGUCCGGCCUGCAGCGUGACCGGAUUGCCAGGGCCCAUGGCGUGGUCGCCUUCGAGAUGGAAGGAGCAGGGGCAUGGGACCAGGUCCCCUGCAUCGUCAUCAAGGGCGUAUGUGACUACGCGGACAGCCACAAGAACAAGCAAUGGCAGCCCUUUGCUGCGGCAACGGCUGCUUCAGUUGCCGUGGCCAUCCUUGACCGAUAUCAGCUGCCAGACGGCGCCGCAGUGAAGGCGCAGACUGUUGCCGAAGGUGGGCAGCAGCCCUCUGGCGAUGCUACCUUCCAGGGUGGAAAGAUUUGGGGCGGGAACGUCGUCAAGGGCAACACCGUCAGGCACGCCGGCACUGGGCACGUUUUUCAGGGGAACACAGGAGACAUCAAAAUCAAUGAAUAUCACACCGCGCCAGAGACCCCGCCGCAGCCGUUCGCGUCCAUCCCCUUUUCCCGCGACGCAGAUUUCGUCGACCGCGGCGACAUUCUCGCCCAGCUUCGCCAGCGGUGCUCCAAACCAGCCAGCCGUAUGGCUCUUGUAGGCUUAGGCGGCAUUGGAAAAUCGCAGCUGGCCAUCGAAUUUGCCCAUCGAAAAGCUGCGGAAUCAGCCGAAGACUGGAUUUUCUGGAUCCAUGCCGGCACGCAGGCCCGCGUCGAGGAAGGCUUCCGGGCCAUUGCCGACAUCCUCAAACUGCCGGGUAGGGAUCAGCCCAACGCCAACAUACCGCAACUUGCAUACAGCUGGCUAUCCAACGAACAGAACGGCCGAUGGACCAUCAUCCUGGAUAGCGCCGACGAUAAAGACGUGCUUUACGGGGCAAGCAACAGCCGUGAAGGCAAGCCGCUCGCAAACUACCUCCCACAAAGCCAAUAUGAGGUGGCAGAGCGGAUGGUGAGCAAGGCCCAGAGGAGCUAUGAGAAGAGGCUAGGAAGAGACGACAAGCGGACUUUGGCUAGCACAUCAAUGCUAGCUGAGGUGUAUUUGGGAAAAGGGUUAUGGGAGAAAGCGGAGUCGCUAGGGGUGCAAGUGAUGGAAACAAGCAAGGCCAAGUUUGGGGUCGACCAUCCUUCCACGCUGACGAGCAUGGCAAACCUCGCGUCGACACUAACGAGCAACCCAAAGGGCCGCAAACCUCGCAUCGACAUAUAUGAACCAAGGCCGGUGGAGGAGGCUGAAAGGCUAGACGUGGAGGUGAUGGAAACUCGCAAAACCAAGCUCGGGGUCGACCAUCCCUCCACGCUGACGAGCAUGAACAACCUCGCGGUCACUUGGAAAAGUCAGGGCCGGCAUAGAGAUGCCCUGGUGCUGAUGAAGUAUUGCGCACAGACCCGGCAGCAAAUCCUUGGUACAUCCCGAACUCGCGGCUACUGGCGGGAAGCGGGCGGGCCUGCCGGGGGACCCUACCCGCAACGCAGCUCCAGGGAGCAGAGGCCCCUGAAGCCCACCCAAGUCCACUUUGCUUCCGUUCGUCUCCCCUCUCCCACUGGGUGCUUGGCAGUCUGGCCCUUCGACACGCAAGGUGUCGACUUUUUCGGCCUCGUCGGUGACAGCGAAAGGUGCGGGCCAGAUUGGCCGCGUACUGGGAGUCUAUGGCGCGGAUGGCGGCUCGCCAGGCGGCAAAGGAAGCACAGCGACAACCUCAGGGUUGAGGAUGUGUUCGCCCUCCCCGCAUGCGGGUUGCGCCGCACUGGGCCCGGGCGGACCCUAAGAGCACCACUGAUCGUGCCGAUUUCAUGGUCCCGCAACGGGUACCCCGCACCGGACAGAUACACGACAGGAUGCCUCGACAUGUUACAGUGGCGGGAUUAG